AUGACAGGAUAUCUAGAACAUUUGUCUUUGGUUAAAAAUAAUUUAGAACGUUUGUAUGGUGAAUUAACAGAUCUCGGAUGCCUAAGAUCUCUUAAUAUCCGUCAUAAUUCAUUGAAAACUAGCGGUGUUCCUUGCGAGUUAUUUAAUUUGGAAGAAUUGACUACACUUGAUCUCGGGUAUAAUAAUUUAAAAGAAGUACCUGAAGGCUUAGAAAAAGCGAGAUCACUUCUCAAUUUGAAUCUUAGUCAUAAUCAAAUCGAAACAAUACCGAACUCGUUGUUUAUAAAUUUAACUGAUCUUCUAUUUUUGGAUUUGAGUUACAAUCGAUUAGAAACACUACCACCGCAGACAAGACGUUUAUCUAAUUUACAAACAUUGAAUCUUAAUCAUAAUCCACUCGGCCAUUUCCAAUUGAGGCAGUUACCAUCAUUGAUGAAUUUAACGACAUUACAAAUGUGUGAUACUCAGAGAACAUUGAAUAAUAUUCCUUCAAGCCUAGAAAGUCUUACUAAUUUGCAAGAACUUGAUUUGUCUCUGAAUUCGUUACCACGGGUACCAGAUGCACUUUAUUUACUUUCGAAUUUAAAACGACUGAACUUAAGUGAUAACGAAAUCACAGAAAUAUCAUCAGCAGCUGGUAAGUAAAAGCUCGUUAAUUAAUUAGUUUUGAAAAUAUUGAAAAUGAUUUGCAUUGAUUAAAAUUGUUUUUAUGCUUAUGCUACACACACAAAAACAAUCUUGUUCAAAUAACAAAAAACGGGAUAACUGAAAAUUAUGUUGUGGUAACAAAUGAGUAUAGUUAUAUGUAGCAACAAAUCCAUUAGUUGCAUUAACAAAAUGUUUCAAGUUGUACUAACAAACCAGUUUGUUAAAUCACAAAAUCAAUUUGUUGCUCUAACAAAAUCAUUUUACCACAACAUCUCUUAGGUUAUCUUAACAAAAUUUUUUUCUGCGUGUAUAUGCCAUAGAAUUAACUUCUUCCUGCACAAAAUUACAAAACUUUAUGUUUUCUUGAUUACAUUUGAC